CCGCCCCCGGCAGCGGGGCCCGGCGGCGCCGGCGGGCAGCGCGGGGCUGGGGCGCUCGCACAAGAUGGCGGUGGGGCGGCGGGAGAACGUGCUCCCCUCUUAGAUGCGGCCGCGGCGGCCCCUGCUCCCGGCGCCCGGCGGGGCUUACAUGGCGCUGGAGGACCUGCUUUGUCUCUGCUUCUCCGUCGUCCUGGCUGUGCAAGGGAGGCUGUUGGAAGGGGACUCUCUGGAGCUGAGCUGUAGUGCUGGUCCUGCAAAGGUGAUACUGGAGCCCAAUCAAGAUGUGGUUUUGGAUUGUAACCUGGCCCCUGGUGAGCAGGUGACCAAUAUCACGUGGAGGAAGAAUGGGCUGCCGUUAGUGGAGCAGGAACACCUGCAUGUGCUUCCGAACGGAUCGCUCUUCAUCUCAUCCCGGGCUCUGGCAAAGGACAGUAAAUACCCUGAGAGGGCUGAUGCUGAGGGUAAUUACUCCUGUGUGUCUCACAGCUCCCUGGGAGCUGUCACCAGUCAAACGGCUGCCGUCAGACUUUCAACAUUAUCACGCUUUUUCCAGCAGCCGGAGUCCCAGGCAGUGGAAGAGAAUGGCAUGGCCCGCUUCGAGUGUCGCAUCGAAGGGCUGCCCUCCCCUCUCAUCACAUGGGAGAAGGACCAUGAACCUGUUCCAGCAGAACCCAGGUUUGUAACUCUUCCAAAUGGUGUCCUCCAAAUCGUGGACGUGCAGGAGAGCGAUGCUGGCGCUUACCACUGCGUGGCAGCCAACGCCGCCCGGAAGCGCUACAGCAACGAUGCAGUCCUCAGUGUCCUGAAAGGUUCCCAGCCAUCAGGAGGAGAUGUCACCAUCAUCGCAGCUCCGGAGAACACCACGGUGGUGGCUGGGGAGAGCGUGGUGAUGGAGUGCAUGGCAGCUGCUGACCCCACCCCCUUUGUCUCCUGGAUACGGCAGGAUGGAAAGCCUGUUUCCACAGAUGUGAUUGUGCUGGGCCGCACAAACCUGCUCAUUCCUUCCAGCCAGCCCCAUCACUCAGGGGUCUACGUCUGCCGUGCUAACAAACCCCAGACCCGGCAGUUUGUUACGGCUGCCGCUGAGCUCCGGGUCCUUGCUACACCCAGCAUCUCCCAAGCUCCUGAAACCAUCUCCCGCACCCGAGCCAGCACAGCUCGGUUUGUCUGCAAGGCGGAGGGUGAGCCAGCCCCGGCCAUCCACUGGCUGAAGAACGGUGAAGCCAUCCUCUCCAACGGCAGGGUGAAGGUGCAGAGCAGCGGGAGCCUUGUCAUUAACCAGAUCGGCUUGGAGGAUGCUGGCUACUACCAGUGCGUGGCCGAGAACAGCCUGGGCAUGGCUUGUGCCACCGCCAAGCUCUCGGUGAUCGUGAGGGAAGGUUUGCCCAGCGCUCCCAAGAAGGUGUCAGCUGUGUCCCUCUCCAGCACUACUGUCCUUGUGUCCUGGGAGCGACCAGAGUACAACAGCGAGCAGAUCAUCGGCUUCUCGUUACAUUACCAGCGGGCUGUGGGAACAGAUAAUGUGGAAUACCAGUUUGCUGUCAAUAACGACACCACUGAGCUGCAAGUCAAGGACCUGGAGCCCAAUACCAACUAUGUCUUCUAUGUGGUCGCAUAUUCCCAGCUGGGAGCCAGCCGGACGUCCUCUUCCAUCGUUGUUCAGACCCUGGAGGAUGUUCCUAGUGCUGCCCCUCAGCUGUCGCUGUCGAGCAUGACUCCUGGUGACAUCCGUGUGACAUGGCUGCCUCCUCCUCCGGAGCUGAGCAAUGGCAAGAUAACCAAGUACAAGAUUGACUACUGCACCCUCAAGGAAGAUCAGGUUUCCUCCAUCGAGGUGGGUGGAAAUGAGACACAAAUCACACUCUACUCACUCCACCCCAACAAAGUCUACAAAGUUCGCAUCGCCGCCAGCACCAGCGUGGGCUACGGGGCUCCUUCGGAGUGGACCCAGCAUCGCACCCCUGACAGAGACAACCAGACGCAUGUCCCGUUUGCCCCAACAGAAUUAAAGGUGCGAGCGAAGAUGGAGUCUCUCCUGAUAACGUGGCAGCCCCCAGCCAACCAUGCCCAGAUAUCUGGCUACAAGCUCUACUACAGAGAAGUGGACCCAGAGGAGUCCAGUGACGAAAGCCCUCUGGAUGGUGCUGAAGAUGAGAGCUGGGAUGUAGGACCCAUAAAAUUAAAGAAGAAAGUGAAGCAGUACGAGCUGACUCGACUAGCUCCUGGGAAGCUCUAUGAGGUGAAGCUGGUGGCAUUCAAUAAGCAUGAAGAUGGUUAUGCAGCAGUUUGGAAGGGCAAAACAGAAAAGGCACCUGCAACAGCAGUAGAUCCCCCUGUGCAGAAGGGUCCUCCACUGCCUCCAGUCCAAGUCUAUGCAGAGUCCAACAGCUCAACUUCCAUCUGGCUCAGGUGGAAAAAACCUGACUUCACCACAGUCAAAAUUGUCAACUACACCGUGCGCUUCAGCCCCUGGGGCCUGAAAAAUGCCUCUCUCGUUACGUACUACACAAGCUCGGAUGAAGACAUUCUCAUCAGUGGGUUGAAGCCCUACACCAGAUAUGAGUUUGCUGUGCAGUCCAAUGGUGUGGGCAUCGAUGGGCCCUUCGGCAGCGUGGUGGAGCGAUUCACUCUUCCUGACCGUCCCUCAACUCCUCCAUCUGACCUGCGGCUGCACCCGCUCAACCCCUACGCUGUGCAGGUGCACUGGUGCCCUCCUGCUGAGCCCAAUGGCAUCAUUGUGGAGUACCUCAUCCUCUACAAUGCCAACAACACACAGCCUGAUGACAUGUGGACCUUGCUGACACGAGAAGGAAAUAUCUUCAGCACUGAAGUGCAUGGUCUGGAAAGCGAUACCAGAUACUUCUUCAAGAUGGGAGCAAAGACAGUUGUGGGAUCUGGUCCCUAUUCAAAUGUUAAGGAUGUGCACACGCUCCGGGAAAAGCUGUCUGAUGUUCUGGAUAUCCACUCUGUCACAGGGAUCAUCGUGGGAGUCUGCCUGGGGCUGCUCUGCAUCCUCUUCUGCAUGUGUGCCAGCUUCCGCAACAGCAAGCACAGGGAAACCCUGCCGGGCCUGGAUUCCCAGGCAGCUGGCAACCACACUUACUACCACCGGAGCAGGCAAGGGGUGGCAGCUCCAAAUGCCACCUUGGACUCUCAUGAGCUAGAGUCCCUGAUGUCCCCACUCCCAGAGGAUGCACCCAUGCCCCUGGGGGACAUCACAGAACUAACAGAAGUGCACAGCCUCAUCCAUACAAGCCUCCCUGAGGACACCAUCCAUGUGAAGAGGAAGUCUUCAUGGAAUAAAUCAGCCAGCCAGCCCUGGACAAACAGCAUCACUAGAUACGGGGACACGAUCACAAAAGAGCCUCUCUCUGUUGUCAACGGCUCGCUGAAGCUCCCUUCCAGCGCGGGACAGAAGCUUUUGUUGCAGGCUCUGGUUUAUGAUGCUGUCAUGAAUGAAGCAAAGAAAAGCCACCCACCAGCCAACCUCCACCAAGUGGAAGCAGAGGUCAUUGUGCAUUCUGAUUUUUCAGCCUCUGACAGAGACUACGACUCCCAGCUGCACACCCUGGAGAGCGAAGAGACAGAAACUGAGGACCAGGAGCCCGAAGAGCUCCCAUCUGGAGAGCUGGCUCUUUCUGGCUCUCCCAGCACCCAGCAGGACACUGGCCAAGCGUUGGUGGACUGCACAGGCAAUGCUGAGGUUCAGGCCCAGGAGGAGCCGUUAUGUCCCGACAGACAGACUAACACAGCAGAGGCCAUUGGCAUCUGUGGGCUCACCAAUGGCUUCCACAGCCAUGGGGAGAGUCUGAAUUCAAUGGAGAGCGGAGAUUCAGACUCCAUCCAGGAAGGCAUGGGGAACGUGCAACCGCUCAAGUGCCAAUCGCUUUCCCCAGCCCCUGAAGAGGCCCCCCUCUAUAGUAACUCUGGUUUAACCAGUGCAUCCUCAGCAUCUGAGAACGUGGCAUGUGUCCACAGUCAUUGAAGAGCGAACCAGUCUGAUUUUGAUCAUGGGAGAGCUUGAAGCACUAGGAAGGGCAUGUCCCUGCAAGGCUCUGUGUGCCCUUGACUCACUGGGCCCAGCAGCGGCUAAGAAGGUGCAGCAUCUCACUAGAGCAGGAUUUGGACCUCUCAGCUCCAGAUACUGCUUUCAAGAGUCCAGUAGGUAGAUUGGUAAAGACCCAUCAUCUUCCUGCUGAAGCCGAUGAGCAACAAUGCUUGUGGGAGCAGAACUGAGCCAUCUGCCAAAGCCUGAGCUGAAAGCACAGCUAGAACAGACUUCUGCACGAGACUGUGGCUGUCACUUCACUGCGGUCCUCGAGGCGACUGGCAAGACGUCUCGUAAUGCUGGGAAGAGGCAGAGCCCACUGAGCCAUGCUUCUCAGCUGUCUCUUCACCAGGCAGCCCCUUGGCACUACCUGCUGCCUCCCAUCCUUGGGAUGAAUUUUGUCAGAGGAGUCCCACAAGGGGGUGGAAGCCAACACAGACAGACUCGGCGAGCUGUAACCACCAGCCUUUUCUGCCCUCCCGUGGUUAAAAGGAUUAUAAGGCUCUCUUUGUGCGCUGCCGCAGUAACUCUCGCUAGCAGGCCUGAUGUGGUGGCCUUUUAUUACACACUCUACGAGUGCCUCUAACAACCUGUACUAUAUAGAACCUUCUUCGGUGUCUGGGUCAUUUCACCAACCUGGACUUUGUUGUAUGUAGGUUCUUGUACCUAAUAUUUUAGGUACACAUCUGUCCUUUUAAUGUACAACAUGUAUUUUUAUUUCCUUGGAACAUCUUUAUAUUAUUUAAUUUUAUAAAGUGGAGUAGUGUGUGGUAUAGAGUAGCAUUUUUACUACUUCUCUCUCUCUUUGGUUUUUUUUUCCUCCCUAACAACACAACUACCUCAUGUCUGUUGGAGAAAAGAAGCAGUAAACCUACUCUUUUGUUCUAGUCCAUUAUAGGUUUUAACUUAUUCGUAUACUGCCUUUUUCUAAAGAAUAUGUUUGCACUGGUGGUUGACUCUUUUUUAAUGUGCAGUGCUCCAGAGCUGAUGUCUCUCUUGGUGUGUUUUUAAGUGUUGCUGUAGGGCACCUUCCCUGGAGCUGGAGAGUUGGGCUGUAUUCCUCUGUAGGACUGGGUUUUGCAGGAGCUGGCCAACGGAGACUGCUUCAGCUGGCAGGAUGUUGAUCCAUCUUUCCUUUGCCAGCUCAUACUAGCAAAGAGAAGGAAGAACCAAGCGUUGCAAAAGUAAUUUGUUCUCUGGGAGGCAUCUAUUUCUUCUUCUUUUGUGCCCAUGUGGAGAUAUCUCAGAUGAUUUUGAUAUCCAGAGAGCAGCUCUCAGCCUCCUGUAAGCAGUGGAAUUGCUGAAGGCUUUGGAUGAACAUGUGAAAUUCUCCAGUUGCAUCUGAGAGUCCUGGCCAAAGAGCACUUGCUCUGUUGCUCCAGCUGCUGCUUGGUAUCUUGAGGACUCUCAGAAAUGCCUGAGGCACCAUGACUCCAAAGGGCUCUGGUACAGAGACUGGAAAUCAGUACUAGUGCUGGGCAGGAGCUAGCAUGUGUGCACUACCAGAGCAAGUAGCUGGACAAGGCAAGAAAUCAGAGGUGGGCAGAGGGAAUGUGUAAAUAACCUCCAGAACUGACUGCCACCAGACUUUGAAACUGAUGACUCCACAGGGUGAGCAGUAAGCAGUUAGGUGGUGUUGCUGCAGGCAGUAAGGGCAGUUCACAGCUGUAUGGCAGAGGUAACAACCCUCCAGCUGGGGAGUGUCAGCCACUGGCUGCAGAAGGUGAGGGAAGGUCCUGCAGCUAGACCUCAGUUUGCAGCUAAUUUCAUGGAAGAGACCUUGACCUUCCCCAGUGACAGGACAGACUCUGUACAAGCCAUGUUGCCACCACUGAUGUGCAGAAAGGGAGAAGGACCCUUCUCCAGAAAGCUCACUCUAGAGGAACUCCUGGUGACUUCCUUUCACCUCCAAAACCAAGUUAUCCACCUGCAAGCAUGACAUUAUGGUGAAGGACCACUGCUGCUGAGUGGAGGUCAGCACUGGGAGGAGUUUGGCCAGCAAGCAGGUAUGAUCAGGGCACCUGAGUUCUCCUGGCUCUUUGUUGUGACACUGUAUCUGGCACAGGUCAUGUACCAGCCCUCAGCUUUCCCCCCAGGGGCCUAUGGGGAUGGAGGCUUAAUCCUGUGGCUGGCUUAGGAGAGUGCCACAGUUUCUGGGGUGCUCCUUUGUCCGUGCAUGCUCUGCUUUGUCUGCGCUGACUUUAGCAGUCCCCUAGCCAUGGGGUGAGUGUUGCUGAUCUGCCAGUCACCGAAGCCAACACAAGCAGGUACAGUGUGGCACCAUUCCCCUGGAUCACUUUGGGCCAACCACAAAACCACCAAGCUAGUUACAUGCCCCAGGAGCUUUGAGGAGAUGCAGCAGAGUGCAAACAAUUCUGUUUACACAUCACAAAAACACUUUAUCUCCUCAUGGCUGAGGCUCAUUCUGAUCUUGUUACAUCCCAUCAAGGGGUACCAGAGAGUGAAACUGGCAGCAUUUGGAAGUCCCAGUAUGCUGGUAGCCAGGGACUGAUACAACAGAUCUCAGCUACAGAAAUAAGGCAGUUCCCUCAAAGCCAGGAAGGAGAUCACCACUGACUAGCAGCAGCAAAGUUGCUCUGUAUGAACACAUGUCCACACAGAGUGUCCCCUAACUCGGCUGCACCCAGGUCCCUCCUGUCCUGAACACGUGUGGGACCUGGCUGUUCUCAGCUGGAAAUGAGCAGAAGACGGAUGACACGCAUUUCUCGUGUGCCCCUGAAGCAACCAGUGCAUCUGUUUUUUUACCAUGAAUUAAGUUGCUUUCUUGCAGAUUUCUCACAGACACAAAGUGUUGAUACCUUUAAUUGCCCAUCACACUUAAUAUAUGUCCUUAGGCACCAGGCUCCUUUCUGCCUUUCCUUCCUUUCAGUAACACUAAAGAUUAUUGCUGUCCAACUUUUUGCUGGCGUAUCUUGUUUUACAUUGUGCCAGUGCCAGGGUUGUCUCACUGGCAUCGUUUUGUAGUAUUGGCUGCACAACUGUAUAUUCCCCACGCUGCCAGGAGAGUCACAAUCCUCAUCCUUUUCUUUCUUUUUACUUCCUUGCUCCGUGAAGCACAUGGCUCGGAUCAAAACCUCUUUCAGCUUUUUGUUGUUGAUUUCAUUUCGUAUUUAUCGGACGUCCACGUUCUGGUUUAAAUAGCUCAGAGGAGAGGAUUUAUAAUCUAGGUUUUGAGAAGCUUUUGCAUUUCUAGCUGACAGCCCUGAGGUCAGCCCGUGAGACAAGCUGCGUGAGAAAACAACCGUUUCAUCAGAGCACUAACUAUGGGUUUGAUCUCAUUAGAAAUAGAUGUUUUGAGGGGGAUCAUCCUGGCUUUUCUAAUCAAUGCUUCUGUUAGAAAAGAGGUGUUUAGUCCAGCAGAAAUCUACCAUCUAGAUCUGUUCUUGUAUUCCCUUGCUUGUCUUUUACAAUUACAUUUCAUUUUCUACACAGUGCAUAAGGGGUGUGUAACCAGAACUUGAUCUCCUUUGAAGAUUGUGUCUGUGUUUGGUUCCAUGCUGUACUUAAUUAUAACUUUCUUUCUUCAGAGACUGUUCUUACUCCACAAAUACUCUUUAGUGUUAAAGUGUAAGAAGACAUUGUCCUUAUAUUCCUUAACUAAUGAGUUAUUAAUAAAAUAUUUUG